CCGAGCGGCAGCUACAUCCUGAAGUCUCGUAUUAACUCGCGAGAGUUCCGGUUUUUCUUCCUCUUUCCGUUCGCCUCCAAAAUGCCUACUAGGAACUCAAAGACCAGGAAGCUCCGAGGUCACGUGAGCCAUGGGCAUGGCCGUGUGGGUAAGCACAGGAAACACCCCGGAGGUCGGGGUAAUGCCGGUGGCAUGCACCACCACCGCAUCAACUUCGAUAAAUACCACCCGGGUUACUUUGGAAAGGUGGGUAUGAGGCACUACCACUUGAAGAGAAACACCAUCUACUGCCCCACCAUCAACCUGGACAAGCUGUGGACGCUGGUCAGCGAGCAGACCCGACUGAACCAUGCCCAGAAACCUGAUGGCCCCGCCCCCAUCAUCGAUGUUGUUCGUGCUGGGUACUUCAAGGUGCUGGGUAAGGGUAAACUCCCCAAACAGCCCGUCAUCGUUAAGGCUAAAUUCUUCAGCCGGCGGGCAGAGGAAAAGAUCAAAGGAGUGGGCGGAGCCUGCGUGCUCACCGCAUAAAACAUUGUUUUUGCAAAAAAUAAACUAUAAAGAAAAAAA